AUGUCCUCGUCAUUCCUACGAAUUCUCUCAUCCUCCGCCGCGGCGCUCAGCCGAUGGAAGCUACAUCCGGCGGCGGCAAUCGGCAUUGGCCUCCCUCGUUACAACCGAGGUUUCUGCUCUUCCUCGUCGUCGGUCGAAGAAUCUAGUACGCCGAGCAGCGGUAAAACGGAGCUUCUGAACUUGGAGGAAGUGAAGAAAAUCCUCAACGACGUUCACGCCGACGAUAUCAAGGUUAUUCCGGUACCCAAACACUAUGACUUUGCCGAUCAUAUGGUCAUCGCCACCGGCCGCUCCGAGUGGCACGUCCGUAAUAUUGCCCAAGCCCUUAUUUACAGGGUAAAGCAGAAGCAAAAAGGAGCGAAGAGGAUGGUGCUGCCUAAUGUCGAAGGACAGGAAGUAGGGAAGUGGAUUGUCAUUGAUUCUGGCAACUUGGUGAUUCAUGCUCUGGAUGAGAAAGUGAGAGCAUAUUACAAUCUUGAGGAGAUUUGGUCCUCCCCAAAGACCUCAUCCGAUCUUGAGCAGGCACCGGAUCUGGAGAAGGCUUUUGUGAAGAUCCGACCUAAGAAUAAUUCCAAGAAACGACCCCAACCGAAAGCCUGA